AUGGCGACUACGAGUACAAUCACCCAUUCAAUCACACUAUCCCCUCUUGACCGGUCAAAACCUCAAGAUGACAAUAUUGAAUUGUCCCUGACCCGCGAUAACGGGGUCAACCCACCCAACAGUUCACAAGACGCCAUCGCCAACGAAGAAGAAGCACCUGAGCAUGCCACAAGCGCUAUCCCUGACGGUGGUUACGGCUGGACCAUUGUCGCCGCCUGCUCAAUUCUUCUCUUCUGGAUCAAUGGCUACACAACCGCCUGGGGUGUCUUGCAAGCAGCUAUAGUCCAAUCACCCCAGCUAGACACCAAUAUUCGCACGAUUACUUUUGUUGGGAGUUUGUACAUGGCUUGUAUGGUCGCGUUUGGCCUGGCAUCUGUGCGACUUGCCAGAUCGUUUGGUAUUCGAUCGACCAGUCUUGUAGCUACAGUACUCUUCGGGUCCGGCUUGAUAGUCACGAGCUUCACGCUUGAACAUCUCGCUGGGCUGUUCUGCAUCGCUGGACUCCUCGUGGGAUUAUCAACGUCCCUCUUGUAUACCGCAACCAACACACUGCCAAUCCAAUGGUUCAGUAGCAAGCUCGGUACAGCGAACGGCAUGGUAAAGGCAGGAGGUGGUGUCGGUGCGACUGUCCUCCCUCUAGCAACACAAGCCAUGAUUGAUAAGCUUGGCCUACAAUGGACAUUCCGAAUCCUCGGCUUCUGCAUCCUGGCGACUGGAAUUCCCUGUGCACUAUUCCUCCAGGAGCGCAACCGAGGUGGCUCAACAUCACGAUUUGACUGGUCCCAGUUGAAGAGCAUGCCCUUUCUGACUCUUACCAUGGCCGGAGCUGUCGGUGUGUUUGCAUUAUUUGUGCCUCCAUUCUUCUUGCCCGUCUUUGCCAGAUCCAUCGGCCUCUCGGCGUCUACGGGCGCUGGGUUGGUAGCUGGUUUCGGUGCCUCAACGGCUGUUGGCCGGCUUGGAGGGGGCUGGGUAUGCGACAGAAUCGGUGCAUUUAAUGCACUUGCACUUGCAGCUUUGAUGAACAGUGUUUCCAUGUUGGCAAUUUGGCCCGUCAGCUCAUCACUCCCACCGCUGUUCGCCUUUGCGAUCAUCAACGGAUGUGCAAAUGGGAGUUUCUUCGUCGCACUCCCUACUGCCGUGGCCGCACUUGCUCCAGGCUCAGCUGCAGCGUCUAUCAGCUUGAUGACCUCAUUCUGGACUCCCGGGUACCUGAUGGGAGCGCCUCUGGCCGGUAUUCUGAUUGAUGCUUCAAAAGCAUCGGAGGCGUCUUCGAUUGAGCCAUAUAGGGGAGCUAUCUUCUAUGCUGCAGGAGUUGGGACGGUUGCCACUCUUUUGAUUGUUGCGUCCAGGAUGAUGUUGAGCAAGAAAUUGAUUAAAAGGCUAUAG